AGCUAGUCUCUCGACAUCUAGCUGGUCGACUUUGAAGACAUUACGAAGCAUGCGAACAAGGGAUGAAUGACGGUGGCUACCUGAGGAGCGGCGAAUACAACCUCCCCACACUGGCUUACAUCGACGGAUUUUCACUGUCAUACUCACCUUCUCCUUCAAACAGGCAUGGCUGCCUAAUUCCUUCAAAGGCAAAACGACCCAGGGUACUGAUAAAGCACCCCUAAUACUUCGAUGUACACACAUCAACAAGGUUCCAUUUUCAACCCCGUCAUGCCCAACGAGAUAACUCCCGCUGUAUAUAUUGGGCGCCAAUGCGGCGUCCCUAAUGGCAGCGAUGACCGGCCCUGCACCUGUGCUCUCACCUGUCGCGCUCAUAGUAUGGGCGCGAAGCGCACCGUCCCGGGGAGGCUGUUGCUGUUUGAUAUGUGGCUUUCGGGGUACCGGCGGCAGAUGGGGGAGAGGAGGGAAGAGCGGGAACGACAACAGGGGCAGGAAGGGGUCCAGGCGGAGGAACCGGAAGAACAACAGCAGGAGCAGAAAUUGGAGUGCCCGGCGGGUCAUUGGAGUAUGGGGUUUGCGGGAGGGCUAAGAGAUCAAGUGCUUUGGGGGUUGGACGGAUGCUUUGAGUGAGACGUAACGCCGAUUAAGCACUUCAAUUGAAAGGAAGCUUCUCUGGGUUGUUCAGCUCUACGGGUAAGAUGGGCUUGAUUUGGGGUCGUUUCAGUCAACAACAGUUCAUCUUGGGGCCAGUUGGCCAACAGGAAAUAAGAAGACAACAGCACUCUUUCCUGUGUCGAUGGGGUUGUUUGAAAUCCUGCGUGUACAACUAGACUCGGGGGGUUAGGAGUUGCGGAUAUUGGACAGCGCUUUCGGACUCUAUAUUCUCACCACAGCCGAGAAAAGGAUAUACUCAUACGGG